GUAAUAACUAUGAGCUUGGCUCGAUACACAAGCCGAACAAACUCAGGCCAGGACACACAGAACUUCCACUACGAACGUCUCAGAGACACCAAAAAUGGUAUUCGUCUUGCCAAAAUUCGACCGGGAUCCGGGAAUAAGCGUGUUGCGAUAGACCUGGUCGAAUCGUGGUUGCCGCAAUCUGGCCAGCAAGCCCCUCAGAUUUAUGAUGCCCUUUCGUACACCUGGGGAGAUGCGUCCAGGACGAAGACCAUCCUCUGCAAUGACAGACGACUGGUAGUAACAGAGAACCUCCACGAGGCAUUGUUCCGCUUCCGCGAUCCCAUGCAUCCUGUCACGCUAUGGAUAGAUCAGAUCUGUAUUUGGCAGGACAGCCUCCCUGAGCGUAAUGCACAAGUCAAAAUGAUGGGAGAGAUUUUCCUCAAUGCUAGAAAAGUUCUUGUGUGGUUGGGAGAUCACUACGAUGAUUCUCAAGCAGGCAUGCAGCUUGCAGAGCAACUGAGACUGCUUUGUGGAAGCGCUCAUCCCAAGUCCUCGCUGGACACUCCUGGCCUUCCUCGCCGAGGCGACCGAAAGUGGAAAGCGCUUGCUGCCAUCCUGCGCAGACCUUGGUUCUGGCGUACGUGGAUCGUGCAAGAGAUUGUUCUGAACCCUGUCGUCGAACUUGUCCUAGGUGGGAGCACCUUACUGUGGGAUGAUCUGGAGGCUAUUGUCAGCCUGCUUGAUGAGCCAUCUGCAGCGCAAUGGCACCAAGACCCUACAGCCAGCGCAUGGGAGCUGCCCUUCUCACGUAUCAAUCGCAUUCGGCGAAGACAUCAGCAAUUGCAUGCCACAGCCGUCUCUUUGCGCAAGCCCCAAGCCGAUCAGGCCAACGACAUGGAUCUGCUCGACCUCUUACUGAUGUCCCGCGAUCUAGGUGCAACGGACCCGAGAGACAAGGUAUUUGCGCUUCUCGGGCUGAGCAAUCAUGACCUGGAGCCAGACUACCAAUGCAGUCCCGAGCAUAUUUUCACGGAGUUCGCCCUGCAUGUCAUUGGUGAAGCCAGCAGAAGUGCUGGCAGCGAUGCAAAGAUCUCGCGAACCGCAAAGGAAGCAAGACAUGCCUUGAUUCUGCUAUCUUGCGCCGGUUAUCACAAUCGUGACUCGCCACUGCAGUCGUGGGUUCCGGAUUGGACUACCGAUCUCCUCUCAAGGCCUUUUGUGUUCGAUCCACGAUUCAGAGCUGGUGGAGAUGAGCUAGAGAUCGAUUGGAACUACGAAACUGGCCUUCAGCUUUGUGGUAAGUUGCUCGAUACUGUUUCCGUAGCUGGCGAUGUCCGUCUCUUGGGCGAUUCUGUUUCAGAUGCUCGCGAUUCUAUAGAACGCUGGGGUAUUGAGGCUAGACAAAUCUCAAACGCAAGGAUAGCGCUAUCUCCUGGAAGUACAGCAAAGAGCGACGCCUACAGAGGUUUGCGAAGUGAACUCGGCUUGUGCAGACACGGCUACUACACAGGACAAUCAGCGCCGGCGAGCCCAUCCAAUCCUCACAAACCUCGACGCAGACGCAGCCUCAUCGACGAGCACGACCUUGCCGAGGAGCUUGACGAUCCUCACAAUGCAAGACUGACACUGACUCUGGGCCCAACGCGUGGCAGAGUAUUCUUCGGCACUACCACCGGCUACAUAGGAUUGGCGCCUCAUGGGACGAUUGAAGGGGAUCUUGUGUACAUCAUCCUUGGCUCCGGGGUGCCAUAUGUCCUAAGACCACAGACAGACGGCACUUUCAAAUUGAUUGGAGAAGCGUACGUUCAAGGUGUCAUGAAUGGCGAGGCGCUUGCGAUGGAGCAGUGGACCGCGCCGCAGGAUGUGUUCAUUCGGUGAAAUUAGAUGCGCUUGAAUUCGGCGAGUUCUUCAACAACAAGCAGCAACACCCUUCAGUAAAUCCACGCCUCUUCACCAUGAGGGCAAGGUUCCUGCUCUUUGGCAAAUUG